ACAGAGACCAGAGAACAUCAUCAGCAUCAGCAACAGCAACAGAAAAAGCAAAAUGGGAGCUAGCAAUUCUACUUCAACAACAAAUCAUUGCACUAACGAUUCAUCAGUGCCGCCUGCAACAUGCCUAUGCUGCAUACCACGUCCACGUUGGCCCAAUAUGUUGCACAAACUUCAUCGCACAUUGCAGCAACGUUUGAAUUUUCAAUCACAGAAACGUCGUCGAGCUUCCUCUCGACGCUCCAUUGGUGGCCCCCUGCUACGUCCCAUGCCCAGAUGCUCAUCUUACGGCUCCUCGGGCACAUUGCUGGCAGCCAGCAAAUCCAACAAGUCCAACAGGGACACGCACUACGCCCAAUGGAAGUGCAUGUUUGAGGGCGGCAAAAAGCACACCAGAGACGAGGCUUGCCUUCAUGACAUCAGUGAGGCCUUGUCGGGUCAGACAACGCCCAAGGGUUUUCCGUCACACACGGAUCCGCAACGCUGUCAAUUGCCCGAAGUCCAGAAACUACUCCAACAACCAGUCUACGAUCUUGUCGAGGAGUUUAAGGUGCGACGUCGUCUUAGUUUCCGUUUGCCCAAAUUGAUGAAGCAACCAGAGGAUAAACCAGCAACGAUUCGUCGCCGUCCAAGUGCUCGUCAGAAGGCAGCGGAGGCGAAACUUGAUAAACAAUUGCAAAAGGAUUUGCAUGAUCUGGAGGAUUACUACGGCGGAUUUCACUAUGCUCAGCGAAAUGAACGUUUUGUUCGCAUCUAAAAAGCUUAACUUACAACUUAAGCCAAUAUUGUGAUAGCUUGUAAGCCCCAUUAAUAUACCUAAUAUUAUAAAACAACAUUGAAUACCAUUUGAAUAAAAUUCACUU